AGAGCAAGCUGAGAGGAGACACAGAAGAGAGAACACUUCAGACCAGGACUCUUAGUGGAUCAGAUCCUUCAGACCAGGACUCUUAGCGGAUCAGAUCCUUCAGACCAGGACUCUUAGAUCCUUCAGACCAGGACUCUUAGAUCCAUCAGACCAGGACUCUUAGCGGAUCAGAUCCUUCAGACCAGGACUCUUCGCGGAUCAGCUCCUUCAGACCAGGACUUCAGCGGUUCAGAGCCUUGAGAUCAGGACUUUUGGCGGAUCAGAGCCAUGCUUGCUGUGUGUCUGGAGUUCCUCGGCCUCGCGCUGUGCGUCACGGGCUCGCUGUUUGGGAUGGUCGCGUGCGGGCUGCCCACAUGGAAGGUGACAGCGUUCAUCGACUCCAACAUCGUGGUGGCCCAGACCAUCAUGGACGGCCUGUGGAUGUCCUGCGUGGUGCAGAGUACCGGACAGAUGCAGUGUAAAUUCCACGACUCGGUUCUGGGCCUCCCGCAAGCCCUGCAGACGGCGCGUGCCCUCACGAUCAUCUCCGCCGUGCUGGGGGUGGUCGCGCUGGCGGUGACUGUCGCGGGGGCUCAGUGCACCAACUGCAUCAAGGACGAGACUCUGAAGGUGCGGGUGGUUCACGCGGGCGGCGUGAUCUACAUCAUCAGCGGGCUCUUCGUGCUCGUGCCGAUCUGCUGGAUGGCCAACAACAUCAUCGUGGACUUCCACGACCCGCAGGUACCCUCCUCCAAGAAGAGGGAGAUCGGAGCCGCCAUCUACAUCGGCUGGGCUGCCGCCGCGCUGCUCCUGCUGGGAGGGACCCUGCUCAGCUGCUCCUUGUCUCAGGGGGUGCGAGUGACCUACCCCAUCAAGUACGCGCCCACCAAGAGCAUCACGAGCACCGGAGACUUCGACAAGAAGCAUUACGUCUGAACUGAACUCUCACGAUGAAGGACUUUUUUUUUCCUUUUUGUUUUUCUGCCAGAGCAGAGCUGAAGCGACUUUUCUGCUGUGAACCUUUGACAUGAUGUGGAGACGUGAUGAACACACCGAGGGGGAAACUGUAACACAUGUACGGAGGACCGUUAGGGCCAAACAGAAGAGGUUUUUUCAUUCUGCAUUUCAGGGAUCACUUUCUGUAUUAGUGCCACGUUUAGGGAAGACACUUUUUCUCGACAUUACGACUUUUAAAAAAAAAAUGUCAUUUCUUAUUUGCAGAUAAAUUCAACAAGUCUCAGAUAAAAGUUGAAAUGUCAAAAUACUGACGGUAAAGUCGACUUAGGAUAAGAUGAGUCAAUUUAAAACACACUAUCUUCAUAAAACAAUACAGAUGAUGUUAAAAACAACAAUGGUGCAAAAUACCACUGGCGUCAUUUUGAGUGUGAGGUCAAAUUUUAUCGUCUGGCAUAUACAAAUUAUAUUCAAAGAGAGGCAUUGUGAGUAUUUUUUUUGUGUGCAAGAUGAAUCGAGAUUUCUCCCAAAAACUUCUGAAUGUCGAGAAAAAAGAUGAGUUUUGAGAAUUUAGUCACUUUACUUUAAAGUGCCGAGCAAGUACGAGACUUUUGAGAAGUACGAGAUAUACUGACAUUUGAACUUUAUUUUGAAAAUUCAAACUAACUAAAUGUGUUUGUUCCUCCUGCCUGGCACUGACAGUCUUCUGUUCAUCUGUCACUGAACUGAGUUUUAUUUCAGCUCCAGAUUUGUCUUUUUUUUUUGCUUUUUAAUUCAUCACCAUCGUUAGGGGGCGUUUCCUUCAGUCUGGUAACGACCACGUCGACAGACUGAAGGUUUAUCUGAGUCUGAACGGUCGUGUUGUCUGAACGUCAUCGUGCAGGAGGAGCGGCUGCACAGCUUCAUUGUAAAUAUUUUUUUUUGUGUGUGUCUGCUUGUGUCAGUUCCCACAGUGAACUCACACAGCAGACGGUAAAGACCUUUUCAGACCAAUCAGCACUCACGUUGUGAUCAAAGAGGCUGAUUUGCAUUUGAAUACAUGUACUGUGUAAGUCUGUCAUUUUUUCUACUCUUUUAAUAAAAACAUUUUUCUAACGAAG